AUGAGACAUUCUCAGCUACAGAAUCUCCCUCCGUCUAGUGGACGAUCUGACUGCUCCAUCUCUCAGUGAGCCAUCUGGAGAGGGGUUCUUUGACUGUCUUGAGUGCUAACGUGCAACAGAACAUCUUUGAACGAGGAUCAUUCCGUCAUGUGCACGACUUUGAAGUGAACUGUAUUUUUGUAAGUCUCAAAAAGUCUGGGGGUUUUUUUGCGUGUUUUGUCUGGCUCACUUUCCCCUUACUCCCCUCUAGUCCACUCAUUCACAGGACGCGGUGUCUUGCUGACCCUUGACCCCGGUCGUCAUUUAGCCCCGGAAGUAGUCGCUGUGCCGGUCCCCUUGAGCCGGAGCAGCUAGACUGAAGAAAACGGAGUUGUUCGUAACACGGCAGCUCUGCAACGGAAGUGGGAGCCUAGCUCAUUCUGGCAGACUUUCAUCAGAUCUCUCGGACAUUCAAUCGACUCAAUUUAAAAGAAGAUCUGAAUGGCCAAGGUGAUCAAAAUAUAGCUCCUCUCAGUGCACCUGUUCUGUCUUUUGGUGUGCUCACAAGAUGCCUGUUAAGAAGAAGAGAAAAUCUUCAGGGUCAGAAGACGCCAGCAUGAAAAAAUGUAGAAUAAGCAGUUUCUGUAGAGUGCAGACGGCAUCUAGAUUAAUAAGUGAUGACAGUUUUUCAAGCAAAAAGUGCCUCGCUUGGUUUUAUGAAUAUGCAGGAGCCGAUGAAGUUGUUGGUCCUGAAGGAAUGGAAAAGUUUUGUGAAGAUAUAGGCGUGGAGCCUGAAAAUAUUAUAAUGUUAGUAUUAGCAUGGAAACUAGAAGCUCAGAACAUGGGAUUUUUCACUAAAGAAGAAUGGCUGAAAGGAAUGACCUCAUUACAAUGUGACUGUACAGAAAGGUUGCAGGGCAAAUUUGACUACUUGCGCUCACAACUGAAUGACCUGUCAGCUUUCAAACAAAUUUACAGAUAUGCCUUUGAUUUUGCUAGGGAUAAAGACCAACGUAGCCUUGAUAUUGAUACCGCUAAGUCAAUGUUAGCUUUGCUCUUAGGAAGAACGUGGGCACUGUUCUCAGCAUUUUAUCAAUUUUUGGAGCAAUCAAAAUACAGAGUUAUGAAUAAAGAUCAGUGGUUCAAUGUAUUGGAGUUCAGCCGAACUGUGCUUGCAGACCUGAGCAACUAUGAUGAAGAUGGUGCAUGGCCAGUGCUGCUUGAUGAAUUUGUUGAGUGGCAGAAGACCAGGCAGUCGUCAUAAAACAUUGGACGAAAGAACUAUGGGAGAGCAAUUAUGCUUUGCCACCCAACUAUUCUACACCUUUAAUUAUGAUGUGGAAAGUGUUUGUCAGAAGCCAUCUUUAAUGCUAGCUACAGACUUUUUCAGUGUUACAAGUGAGGAGACGGUUUUCAAGUUGCAUCUGUAUUAAGCAUUUCAUUAUGUAUUCAUUGACUAUGGCACCUAAUGUUAGGAUUUUGUCCAGUCUUGAGUCUUAAUGCUUUUGGCGAUCUCUGUUUAUAAAUUCAUAAAAUACUUUUGAAGCACAUUCAAAAAAAGUAAAUUUUUAUUAGAAACAGAAAUCGUCAUCACUUUCAUGGGUGACUGUGGAUAAAAGGCUUUGAAGUAUAUGGAUGUGUUUUUCAAUUGUUAGAAAGUGUAUGCUAUUGUAUCAGACACUCACUGCUCUGAUACCAUACCAAAAACUUACUGAACCUCGUAUGUUAAUGUAACUAUGUAGCACCUUUUCUGUGAUAUAGUAUAUCAAUAGGUACUGGUGCUAGUUUAGGCCUGUGUGCUCAGGGUUAAUGGUAAUGACAGUAGCACCACUGCAAGGCCCAUAUAAUAGAGAAUUACAAGUGGUACAAAUGUAUGUUUAAAUUUGUUCAGUUCGUGUUCAGGAAUCCACAGGAUGAUUUGCCUGUUUCCAAAAGCAUGUACAUGUUUUAUUUGAUGCCCUCUUUAAGAACAAACGGAACAUAGUCAUACACCUGAUUCAGGUGGGGAUAUAUGUAGAAUCAGAACUGCAUAUAAGAAAAGUAAUCAAUACUGGAUUAGCAAAUAUGUGGCUUUGACUAUAAUAUUUAGUCAUAACAAGUGAUCACAUGACCCAUUUGUCUACUGUACUAACGAUACAGUAGUAGAUUCUUUUGCAGUAUUAUCUUUAUAUAUUUGACUCUCUAGAGUAUAAAGUUGUAAAUUAGCCUGAACUAAGCACUCUUAUGCUAUUGAUUAGUUGAAACUUUUGUAAGGAGGUGAUACUGUGGGACCUUGAAUAAAAAAAAACACCUUUUAUGUUUAGUGUCUAAAAGACAAAUUGAAAUUUUGUCAAUGGAUCUCUUGUGUAAAGAAAGCAAUUACCUAAAUACUCAAGUUAAACAUUGAAGUACAAGUGUAGUGAUUCUUUAUUUUCCUCAAAGCUUCAGAUUUCAGCAGAUUCUUAAUUCCUGAAAAAAAAUCUGCUGAAGGUGAUAUUUGGGGAGGUCUUAAUGACUGGAACAGUACGACCAGUCUCUCAACACUAAAAGCUACUGAUUUACUGUUCACUUGAAAGCCUACCAACCAAUGUAAAGUGGUGCUUUGGAAUGCACUUUACACAGUCCUGUACAUCCUAGUGCCAGUUACUAUUCAUAAGUAAUGCAGUUUUUUCACAGGUUCACAAUUUAAAAUUGAACUGUAUAGUCUUAUAGAUUUUCAGUUUGGUGGUUCUCAGGCUUAGCACCACAUUACUUGAUUGUGAAUGCUGGUUCAUAAUCAAAGUAAUCACCUAAGCUGGUAAAUAUCUAGACUAGUUUCGCCCACCUGCUUACACCAGAUAAACUGAUAUGCAACCUAUUGCUGAAAGCAGAAUUUUACAUUUUCUCUUGCUGUUCAUACCACCAUCAGAUAUGGUUUCUUUAUUUAAAGUAAGCAAGAUAGAAAUUCUUACAGAAUGGUGGAAUUGGCAUACUUAAAGUAUGCAUUUUAUACUGCUAUAUGAUUCAUCUUAACUAUUUCUCUGAAAUGACAGAACAUUUAUUGCAGAUAUAAAGUGACAGCAAAGAUAGUUCAUAAGUUUGGUUCCAAAGUAACAAAUGGAACACCAAGCAUUUUUUAAAAACCCUUAAAACUAGUGGAAUAAUUAUUCAAAAGUAUUGAAAACCUGAUACCAUACUUGAAGAAAAUACAGCUAAGUAGGUUUAUUAAAAGAAUUGCAACAGUAAUUUACUAUUUUUAUUUUUCCCUUAAAUGGAGUCAUGAAAAAUUAUUUUUAGAAGUGGAUAUUCCAAAUGUCAUAUAUUUCUAGCUCUUUGGAAAUAUUUUCAAUUUCACCAGGAAGCUACUGUACCAACGUCAGCUCAAAACAUUAGCAAAUUGUCUGUUUAUAAUUAGCUACUAAGGAAGUGUCAAUCCUGCCAACUUAUUUGUGUUGAGUUUUGGCUUCUAUGCCAUUGAUCCCAAAUUCAGAAGACUUUGGGCAAUUCCACAAGGAAUCUCGCCAUUGACAAUGAAAAGAUUUCUGGUGGGCGGGAGACUGCAUCUAAUAGAUCUUGCACAGGGAAAUGUAUGGAAAUUAGGCAUUUAUCUAUUAAAAGAACACACUUAUCAGCUUUUAUUGCAAAUUACUUCACUUUGUCCACAAGGGUUUGUGUUAGGCAUAGGUUAACACUUGAACUAUAACUGCAUGGGGUCCAACAAAUUUUAACCUAUGGUAGACCCUUAAAGCAGAGCACAUCUCCCCAUGCAAUUUGAUGCUGUGUACUUGAGAUUUAAUAUUCAACACUUCAAAUGAAGUAUUUUAAUAAUUAUUUCUCAAAUGUUGCUUUGUUUAAAUCUGGGGCGAAAAUGUCCAUAUUUAUUUAAAUUUGGCCAUGAGCUUCAGAUAUCUCUCCAUCAACUUCAAAAUACUUGAUGUAUCUGAGAUUUGUUAGUGGCUAAUCGAGUUGCUUUCAAGAAUUAGCAUGGCACGAAAUACGCACUUGUGAUUCCUUUUGGAUUUUGCUGUCUUUUAAAGGCUCAAAUCUCAUCUGACAGAUGUAUGUGACUACAUUUGGAAGAAGUUAUUAAUUUGGUUAUGAAGUGUUUUAGGACAUGGGUUAAUGGGUGUGGUCUAAAUGCAAAUUAUUUUUGUUUUAGUUCCUGCAAUUGGGAUAUGGUUUAAAAACUUGAAUGUCACAGACAUGUCUGAUUUGUAUCUCGAGUUAAUAAAAUAGCAAAACAUAGCUGGGUCUGCAAGCAAAGGUGUUAUUUCCAUCUUUUAUAUAAAAUAAUGCACUAAUCUUUGAAAAAAUCUAUAGUGCAGCAUUUGAAAGGAAAACAAAACUUCUGGAGAAAUUUGUUUAAAAGUAUUUGAUAACUUUUUUUUCUUCAGUGGGGGGAUACUGUGGUGAAAGGUACUGAAUGUUUUCCACUGUUCAUUCUUUAAUCUUAAAAAGUGCUGCUGAAUAUAUAAUUGCAACUUAAUUUGUCAUUUUCUUAAAAAUACAUUGGUAAAAAAAUUACAUUGGUAAUCCUAAAUUCUCCCGAAGUCUGUCACAAAAGAAUAUUCUUAGGAGGAGGGGCUUUCUGUGCAUUUAAACUUGUGCUUGAAGAACAUCAGUAUUAUUCGCAACAGCCAAUCCAAUCCAGUAGCAGUUUAUGGCUUUUAAAAAUACUAUUUUUGCUUGUUACAACCUUGCAUCGUUGAAAGGACCCUAAAAAAGGGGUAGAAAAGUUUUUGAUUUCACUGUUCCUACUGAAAGUGGUAUCCACUUGGUGUUUCCUUUUGGAUCGUGGUUUAGAAUUAUGUUUAUGUUUGUGCAUUGCCUAAUUGCAAACCUAUUUAAAUUGAAUGAUAGACUUUAUAAAGACAUUCAUAAUGGAAUAUAAAUUAAUGACUUUGCAUGUUUUCAUAUUUUAAAGAUAUUGGUGAAAAAUGGCAACCCAAUGCAAUGCAGCUUGAAGCAAAACUACUGGCAUGCCAAGAACUGUGAACUCUGGCAUUUUAGUUGUAUAAUAAAUAAAAAGAAUGGUGAAGA